AUAUAACUGUUGCGAGCUUUGACUAAUAAGAAAUACCAAAAGCUUGAGCAGAGACCAAAGAAUUUACAAUAAUCAUAUACCCUUUUGUGCUUUGUGCCAAAAUGUGUUCCCUAACACCCAGUGACUUGCAACGGAUUUUUGAGAAGCUGGACAUGAAUGGCGAUGGGAUUUUGAGCCUUGAGGAGCUGAACGUGCUAUUAGAGAAGACAGGCUUCAAGUUUAGCAUAGAAGAAUUGGAAUCUCUGGUGGGAAAGCAGGUCUUGGACUUCAGUGAGUUCUUGUUCUUUUAUGACUCCAUGUUGAAGCAAAACAAUGAGGAGGAGAAAGAGACUAAAGGUGAAGGUUGUGUUGAGAUUGAGGAGGUAGAAGGGGACCUUGUGAAGGCUUUCAAGGUAUUUGAUUUGGAUGGGGAUGGGUUCAUCACUAGCCAUGAGUUGGAGUGCGUGUUGAAGAGGCUUGGCAUGUGGGAUGAAUGCAGUGGCAAGGAUUGUAGAACAAUGAUUUGUUCCUAUGACACUAAUUUGGAUGGCAAGCUUGAUUUCCAGGAAUUCAAGGACAUGAUGCUGCUUACAACUUCAUGAUCGUCUAAUUUUGCUCCAAUCGAUCAUUAUGUCGUGUGUGUCAGCUUCUACCUGGCCAUACAUUUUGUGUGUUUUAUUGUUGUAUAUAAAUUAUAUUAGUUGCAAUAUAUCUAUUGCUACUGUUAUUGGUACUGCACGUUAAUUGAAACUGUUAAUAUAAAACUCAAGUUACCUCACUCUUAAAUUAACGACUCUUUUCCAUAUUUCGAUGGUUUUUAAUAAAUUUUAAUAUUUAAUUAAAAAGUGUAUUAAAAUUAAAAAGUGUUAUUCCUCUCAGUAUUUUGUAGGCAUGUAUAUUAAGAUACAGAAAAGAGAAUAUGAAGAUCCACUAACUCUUGGAGCAUGGUACAUAACAGAGCACAAUGCUCAUACGCGAAUAUCUGUAUGUUCUCAAAUUCAAGUAUGCUUCUUAUUGAUAAUUUUUAUGUAUAUUAUUUUCUAAGGAAAAUAUUUAACGGGGAAAACUAGCGAUAUUCUAUAUUGGUCCUCGAAGUACUGAACGACAGUGAUUAAUUUU